GAUGUCCCACCGACGCAUAACUUAGUGCGUCUUGUGUUCUUCGUUAGGUCGCUUCCUUUAGCUUCCCUUUGUGUUUAAGCUCCUUUUGGAUUACACAAAAUGUAUUUCGCGAAAGUUUUACCAUUAGUUUUUUCUUUGGCUUAUGCAGCUCCUAAUUUAAGAUUAUCAAUUGAACAAGCACCUGCGCAACUAUUAACUCUUCCAAGUAAUGCAACAAGCAUAAGAUCGGACAUCAGCGAUUCUUUUAGUUGCGAAGGAAGAGAUUACGGUUAUUAUGCGGAUGUUGAAAACGAUUGCCAACUGUUCCACGUGUGUCUUCCUGUCACGUACGCGAACGGCAGACAACAGACGUUCCGUUGGAGUUUUAUAUGUCCCGAUGAAACCGUCUUCAAUCAGGAAAUGUUUACUUGCACGAGAUCCGAUGAAGCUCUUAAUUGUGACGAUUCCCCAAGAUUCUAUUCUUUAAACAAGAGUUUUGGAGAUGUACUUAACACCGAUCCAGAUCAAGACGUUCAAAAUGAAGAUGUUCCAUUUGUACCUUUAGCUUCUAUUGCGCCAGUUGCUCCUGUUGUUCCCGCAGCAUCACCAGCUCCUUCGGGUCAUUCGGUUUUACAAGUUGAUGACGCUACUUCGGUACCGGAAGUGCCUCAAGCUAUCGAAGAAGCUUUAGAACAAAGACAUCCAAUUGGUGGAUUAAGACGGUCUAGAUAUUAAGAAAUAGAUCGAAAUAUUUUCCAAAAAAAUUAUUUUUAAUGUAAGAUUGAGGAGAAGCAUCAUUAUAAAUCAAUUUUAAGACCAUCGACAGACUUUAAAGGUGAUUAAUUUUUAAGAAUGUUUGGUUUGACACCAACAUUUUUAAAAAGUGGUGAUGGUUUAAUUUGAAUAAAUCUCUGUCAAUGGGUCUUAAACGUAAUAAUAUAAUGAUGCGUCAUUUUUUUAAUGAAUAAAAAUAUUAAUAAAAAUUGAUUUGUUUUAUGAAACUUUAUUGAUUCAACUUUUUUAAUUUCUAAUUUCGUGCAAUUGUUAAUACUUUCCUUAUUAAUAGUUAAAAAUAAAUAUGUAAGAUGUGA